GAGCAAUUAGAUUCAGCACCGUUUCCAGUGCCUCUGCAAUGACUCAUUGAAACAUCUUCUGUGCUGAUAAAGCCGCAUCUCUAUUCUCCCCCACCACACACACACACACACACACUCACACGCACGCACGCACACACUCACAGGACGUAUAGCCGGGCUGCCUUCUACAUCGGGACUGCGCUUCUUACUUUGGAUUUGCAGAGCAGCAGGCUGGACGUGGACUUAAUUGUAUUUUUUUUUCUUCCUAUGUGGUGUGUGUUUCGCCCGAAGUCGGGACUUAUAUAAAAGAGACGGUGGAGAUACAGGCUGAGGAUAUCCCAUCAAGCUGGAGCCCAGGUAGAGCAUCCCAGGCUCUCUCCUGUUCUGGACAGGGGAGUCGUACAGCAGCUGUCAAUCUCCAUGCAGGCUCUCGGGAUGGGGAGCUCUGAGAAAGCUGCUUUGUUUGGCUGGGGCUCCUUUGCUCAUCUUGCAGUCUGAGGAGCAGCAGGAAGUAUCUCGGUGGAGGGGCAGGGGGGGGCACCGAGGAUCCAAGGGCGGAUCAUAACCAAGACCUGCCAGGCUCAGGCCCAGCACAGCAGGAGCAUGUCAGCACCGGGAGGCCCUUCAUUGAUGUGUCGCUCCGCAGCCAAGGCCAACCUUUUUCUGUGGAUGGGCCUGGCGUCCAUCUGUGUGGCUGCUGUUCAGACCCAGCAGCACCCUGUGGUCACCACAAAUUACGGAAAAUUGCGGGGAGUGAAGGUUACGUUACCCAAUGAGAUCCUGGGACCAGUGGAACAAUACUUGGGGAUCCCGUACGCGCUAGCCCCAACGGGGGAGCGGAGGUUCCAGCCACCGGAGCCACCCAUGUCCUGGCCGGGCAUCAGGAAUGCUACUCAGUUUGCUCCGGUUUGUCCUCAGUUCUUAGAGGACCGCUUUUUGCUCAAUGAUAUGCUCCCUGUCUGGUUCACCGCCAACUUGGAUACAGUGGUAACCUAUGUGCAGGAGCAGAGCGAGGACUGCCUUUACCUGAACAUCUAUGUCCCCACAGAGGACGAUAUCCACGAUGAGAAUGGGUUAAAGCCGGUCAUGGUUUACAUCCACGGAGGCUCCUACAUGGAAGGAACUGGCAACAUGAUUGACGGCAGCAUCCUGGCCAGCUACGGGAACGUCAUCGUCAUCACAAUCAACUACCGGCUCGGUGUUCUGGGGUUUCUAAGCACAGGAGACCAGGCGGCCAAGGGCAACUACGGCCUGCUGGAUCAAAUUCAGGCUCUCAGGUGGAUCAAAGAAAAUAUCCAGGCCUUCAAAGGAGAUCCGAAGAGAGUGACCAUUUUUGGUUCUGGCGCCGGGGCAUCAUGCGUCAGCCUGCUCACCCUCUCACAUUACUCAGAAGAUCUGUUCCAGAAAGCCAUCAUCCAGAGUGGCACAGCACUGUCCAGCUGGGCGGUCAACUACCAGCCUGCCAAGUACACCCGGGCCCUGGCUGAGAAGGUGGGCUGCAACAUGCUAGACACCAUCGACUUGGUGGAGUGCCUGCAGAACAAGAACUACAAGGAGCUGAUCGAGCAGUACAUCACACCUGCAAAGUACCACAUCGCCUUCGGGCCCGUGAUUGAUGGCGACGUCAUCCCAGAUGAUCCCCAGAUCCUAAUGGAGCAAGGGGAGUUCCUCAACUAUGACAUAAUGCUGGGGGUCAAUCAGGGCGAGGGGUUUAAGUUCGUGGAUGGCAUUGUGGAUAGUGAGGACGGGGUGUCUGCCAAUGAUUUUGACUUUGCUGUGUCGGACUUUGUGGACCAUCUGUAUGGCUACCCGGAGGGCAAGGACACUCUACGCGAGACCAUCAAAUUCAUGUACACGGACUGGGCAGACAAGGAGAACCCAGAGACCCGGCGGAAGACCCUGGUGGCUCUGUUCACUGACCACCAGUGGGUGGCACCAGCAGUGGCCACAGCCGACCUCCACGCCCAGUAUGGCUCACCCACCUACUUCUACGCUUUCUAUCACCACUGUCAGAGCGACAUGAAGCCCAGCUGGGCGGAUUCAGCCCAUGGUGAUGAAGUGCCAUAUGUGUUUGGAAUCCCCAUGAUCGGCCCCACAGAUCUCUUCAACUGCAACUUCUCAAAGAAUGACGUGAUGCUGAGUGCUGUUGUCAUGACCUACUGGACUAACUUUGCUAAAACAGGGGAUCCAAACCAACCAGUUCCACAGGAUACAAAGUUCAUCCACACGAAACCCAACCGAUUCGAGGAGGUAGCCUGGACCAAGUACAACCCCAAAGACCAGCUCUACCUUCACAUCGGCCUCAAACCUCGAGUCCGAGACCACUACCGCGCUACGAAGGUCGCCUUCUGGUUAGAACUAGUUCCACAUCUCCACAACAUCAAUGAAUUUUUUCAGUACGUAUCCACCACCACCAAAAUACCUCCGCAGGACACCACCCCCUACCCUUACACCAAACGAUUCCCUGGCAAAAACAACUGGCCGUCCACCACCCGCCACCCAGGAGUCCCGCCCGCCAACACCAAACAGACCACAGACCAGCGCAAGAGUGGCGACCUGACCGACGAGUCCACCGUGGUGAUCGAGACCAAGAGGGACUACUCCACCGAGCUCAGCGUCACCAUCGCAGUCGGAGCCUCCCUGCUCUUCCUCAACAUCCUCGCCUUCGCCGCACUCUACUACAAAAAAGACAAGCGGCGGCACGAGUCCAACCGCCGCGUCCCCACCCCGCAGCGCAACUCCACUCCCGCCAACGCGCCCUCCGCCGCCAACGACGUGGCCCACCUGCAGAGCGAGGAGCUGAUGUCGCUGCAGAUGAAGCAGCAGCAGCUGGAGCACGAGCACCACCACGAGUGCGAAUCGCUGCAGACCCACGACACGCUGCGCCUCACCUGCCCGCCUGACUAUACCCUCACCCUGCGGCGCUCGCCCGAUGACAUACCCCUGAUGACGCCUAGCACCAUCACCAUGAUCCCCAACUCACUGGCUGGCAUGCAGCCUCUGCACAACUUCAAUACUUUCGGUGGCAGCCAGAACAGUACCAACUUACCCCACGGCCACUCCACCACACGGGUAUAGCUCCACUGGGAUGGGACGGUGCUGGAUUCCCUCUGGAUCGGCCUCUAACCUCUCAAGGCAUGCGACAUGAGUGACGGACUGUGUGAAGAACAGACUCAGAAGAUGUUAUUUUGCUACCAUGCCUUCUUGAAAAGCGUAUACAGUAUAAAUUAAUAAUGAACUCGUGACAAUAUUCAAAGUGAAUGUUACUGUAGUAAUAACUCGACUUGGAGCUAAGCUUCACGGGAGGUUUGCAAGGAGUUUUACCAAAAGAAAAGGCAACAGGGGAUGACUAUCAAUAUUCUUACAAUAAAAACAGAACAGUUUAAGUGUGACAGAGAAGCUCUGUGACAUGAGCGCAGAACAAUUGAACGUCUGAAACAUAAUCUUUUCAUGAUCCUUCAUGCAUCAGAGACCUGACGUGGGCACAGAAUUCUACACCCCAGCCUGAAAUGUAUUUAAGAAAACUUUGUAAGAAAAUAAAAAAUAAAUAAAUAAAAAAAAAGACAAAAGAAAGAAGGACAGAAGGUAUAUAGUUGUGUGUGGAAAUUUAAAAUAUAAAAAAAAAAUAUGUUAAAAGAGCUCCUUCUAUUAUUGUUUUUACUUUGGCUGAGAUCUUUUGGGUUUUUCCGGCUUGUGUUUUCUGUUCAGGUGCGUGUAAAUAUCGACAAACAUUCUUCAUUCUUCAGAUCACAACCUGUGUUUCAUUUUUUUUUUUUUUUUUUUUUCACAGAAAGACCAAAAUGCGAACACAAUCCCAUCGUCGGAGAGUUGCACACCGUGCAUCCGCAGGCCAUCACAUACAGUACUGUCUCGUGCGUUGCUUUGUUUCCACUCUUUAGACACUGCAUGUCCAGGAAGAGCUUUACUCUCCAUUUUCAGACACGUCACCUGUCUGAGAAUGAGGACUGACUUGAUCCCAUUCACCUGCCGUCAUCCUGUUAUGCUUCUAAUAGUUUUCUUUGUGGGCUUUUUUCUGUCUUGCAACCUCAGCACUGCCUGAGCUUACAAUGUGACCAGCAAUGUAUUAUUUAGAAAUAAAAAAAGGCAGUGAUUUUUUUUGUAUCAAUAUUAGUUGGAUAUGUUUGUAAAGAAAUAUAUGUUAGAUAUUUCAAAUUGUCAUAUGCUAGCAAUAUGUAAAGUAUUGUGCCAGGCUUGUGAUAUUUUGGGUUACAAAAGCAAGUGAAUGAGUGUAAAUAUUAAUGAUAUUAUUAUGAAAUUACAACAAAAGUAACCAUUAACUCUCUUUCCGUUUUGCAUCCUAUUACGAGAAAAAAAAAAAUGGAAGUACACCUAGAAGAUUUUAAGCUACAUUUGUAAAUUCUAUAAAAGAUAUAUUCUUGCCAUUUGGUCCUGAAAACCAGUCAAGAUAACAAGGGUUUUAAUGUAGAGUUUCAAAAAUCUUUAGUUUGUCUUAUUUUGUUUGCGGUUUUGCCUUAAGUGAUAAUAGAGAUAUUUCUGGCUGGACACCUGU